AUGGUACGACCUUUAAUACACAAAAUUGUAACUUCCCAUUAUGAACAUGGUAUCGAAGAUGACAACAUAACGGAACGAUUUAAGAACACAAUUUUAUAUCAACUGACCACUCGUUUUGAAUUGACAUGGAAAGAAAUUGUUACUGCAAGACACGUUGCUUCUUUUCUAAAUCCAAGAUAUAAAGACAUGGAACAUGAACCCGUAUCAGCUAGAGAGAAAAUUCGAUCACAUGUCUUGCAGCUUAUUGAAUCAGUUGCCCCAACUAUUACAAAUCCUAAUGAUACAGAAGAAAACGAUUUGAAAAUGAAUAAUGUGUUAGCAUUUAUUUACAAAGACCAUACUAAUAGUACAAAUGACGCAUUUACACAGUUUACGGGAUAUCUUUCAGAACCUCAACUUCGAUUUGAUUUAAAUCCCUUAGAGUGGUGGAGAACACGAGAAGAAAAAUAUCCAGCAAUAGCAACUAUUGCCAAAAAAUAUUUAGCAAUCCCAUCUACAUCGGCAAGUUCAGAGAGGUGUUUCUCAACGGCAGGUAACAUUGUGACGCCAAAAAGAAGUUGCCUUCUUCCUGAAAAUGUAGACAUGUUGGUAUUCUUAUACCAAAACAGAAAAUGA